GUAGUAUUACAGAUUUUAGAGUUGGGGUAAGAGAGAUGGGAAGAGGUAAGAUUGAGAUCAAGAGGAUUGAGAACCCAACAAACAGGCAAGUGACUUACUCAAAGAGGAAGAAUGGAAUAUUAAAAAAGGCAAUGGAGCUCACUGUUCUUUGUGAAGCAAAAGUUUCUCUUAUUCUUUUCUCCAGUUCUGGGAAGUUGUCUGAGUACUGUAGCCCUUCUACCACACUGCCAGAAGUCUUGAGCAAAUAUCAAACAUCUACAGGAAAGAGGUUGUGGGAUGCUAAGCAUGAACUUCUAAGCAAGGAGCUGGAGAGAAUCAAGAAAGAGAAUGAUAGGAUGCAGAUCGAGCUAUGGCAUUUGAAAGGAGAAGAUGUUGAUACACUAAAUCACAUUCAGCUCCAGACAAUAGAGGAAGCCCUUGAAAAUGGUCUUACUAAAGUUCAUGCCAAAGAGAUGGAGUUCUUUCAAAUGCUCAAGAAGAAUGAAAGAAUGCUAGAGGAGGAGAAUAAACGCCUCGUUUACAUCUUGCAGCAACAAAUGGCUACUGAAGAUAAUCUCAGGGAGGCUGAAAAUGGGUAUGGCCAGAAAGGAAGAGAUUGUAAUUCCUACAUGCCUUUUGCCUUUCGCUUGCAGCCAGUUCAACCCAAUUUGCAGGACAACAAAUAGAAUAACUGUCCAUGGUUACAAAUUCCUCUAGCUAACACUAGGAGAAUUUAUAUACAUGUUUCAUACAUGUCUAGUGAGUUUAUGAGGUAGAAUAUGUUGAUCAACUUAAGGUGAACUAACUCAAAUUUUUGUGAUGACACCUUCUUAUUUGAAACUAGUAUAUGUUAAAGA